CCUCCCCCUCUUUCCCCGCCGCUUUAACUGGAUAAAGCAGCCACCUGCACGGACCGGACUGCUGUCUCUCUUCUGUACACUACUAAUAUUACUGCACCAUUUACAACGCCACGCGAAUUGCUGGCAGUCUGCGGGUGGAUUUCAGGUCGCAUCACUUUGUUUGCUCCAGAAUGCCAGUUGGCUAAUGUGCACUGCUCUUGACGUCCCGGUAUCACACCUCCAAUCCGACCAGUCACUCCGUCCAUCCCGUUCCGCGAACUCGAUCGCUCCGAGUCAGUAAUACAUCCAAACUGCAGUUCAGAUAAAAAAGGGAACAAAAGGGAAACACAUCAAAAUGGAGGAAACACCAUUGGCUUCGUUGUCCUUGACCCACGUACACUAUAAUCCCACAGAUCCUCUGUCCUACCUAUCUGCCUGGCUCGCCCUCGUUCCCCAAGCGCUAUGUGUGGCAUACGUGACCCUCAUCUGGGCCACGCGGGAAGCGGAGGUGUUAUUGAUGUUUGCUGGUCAAAUGGGGUGUGAGGUUUCAAACUUCGUUAUGAAACGGAUAAUCAAGGAAGAACGACCGAAACAAAUGUUUGGCAAAGGUUACGGCAUGCCAUCAUCCCACGCGCAAUUUGUCGCCUUUUUCGCCGUCUACCUAGCUCUCUUUCUCUUAUUCCGGCAUUCAUUCACCUACUCAACUUCCCGGGUUAUCUCCUCCUAUCUGGUCCAGGCGAUCCUCGCUUCCGCAUUGUGCGUUGGUGCCGCGGGUGUUGCUAUCAGCCGCAUCUAUCUGAACUACCACACUCCCAAGCAGGUUUUGGCCGGAUGUGCUGCCGGAACAGUACUUGCGUUUGCUUGGUUUUUUGUUACGGGGUACUUGCGCGCCUAUGGUUGGAUCGAUUGGGCAUUGGAUCUGCCCGUAGUUCAAUUCUGUCGGAUUCGCGACUUGGUGGUAAGUCAAGACCUUGCUGAGGCCGGAUGGCAACAAUGGAAAGCAAAGCGGAAGUUGAAUCGUGGAGGUAGUAACUCCUCCAAGACGGAGUGAUGCAUAGAUUAGGAUGUCAUCUCCUUUAUAUAUUUUGAAGGAUCUAUAGCUACUUAAUUGACGCAAUGAUACCCC